UUGCAACCCGCAGAUGUAGCAGCACUUUUCCCCUUAAAGUGUGCCUGGAAGCAAAGUGUCCUUCGAUGGAGGCGAGAUCACCCAGCACAGGCUUUGACGAAAACCGAUUUUGUGCCUAUUCUGAAAGCAGCGAUUGAUGUGUCUUUGAAACCCACUACUAUUAAAAAUGGGUUCAAAGCUUGCGGUCUCUUACCAUGGAAUCCUGACGCUUUGGAUUAUACAAAGUGCUUAGGCAAUUCCAAGGGAAAAGAAAUAAGCCAACCUCACUGUUUAGUUACAUUCAGGGACUCCUACGCUAUGGAGAACUCUGCUCUCAUAUUAUGUUUGAUCCUUACGCUACUUGGCCGAAGUUAUGGCAACAACGAAGGCUUGUCUUCAUUUCAAUUACUCGCGCGUCUGUCAUUUCCUACGGUAGAAACUAAACCAUUCAAUAUGCCCGGGACUAAAGAGAUCGACCCAAAACACAGUUACGCAGAUGAGAAAUUCGAAAGACUAAUGGAAUAUACUAGUUACAUGAACAGCAGAAUAAAGGAGCCUCAUAAUCCUACUGAACGCCGUGAGAUAUUGGAAACCACGCAGAAGAAACUAUUCGAUUUCAUAGACACCCAUAUAAAGGAUUUAAAGCGUCUGCUGUUUGAAACGGACAUGGCUUUGAUGUCCAUGGUGUUAUUGAAACUGAAUAAAAAGAUGGACACCUCUGAGGCUAAAAUUAAGUCCACUCAAGCGAAAAUACCAUUUGGAUUGUAUACUAGCCCUGAGUUCAAAUGUCUCGGAACAUCGUAUUACAUAGCAUCGCCUCACAACCAAGAAGAUGUCCAAAUGAUUCUGUCCAGUGAGAGGAAACCUCACUGCUACACAUUUAGAGGUGCAUUCGCAUUUACCGGUUUCUACCAUCGACACUCCGAAACAACAUAUGUAGGUCCACACGCAGAACAAUUUCAAGCAAAAGAUCCCAGCCAGGGUCUAUACUGCCAUUCUGACGAUAAUUGGAGCGACGCUCAAUGUAUUUACAAGAUUAAUCCAAGGGAAGAGUUUCCCGAAUCGGUGGAAUAUGAACCAAAGGUGUCCUACUGGUGUGGACCCUACAGAUAUUUCAUACCAGCGACAACGGACAUCAGAUGCAUCUUCUCAAUAUUUUCAAUGAAUUUCAUACUACGAUUCGGAUACGACGGCGUUACGUACAAGAGUUCAGACCUGACGUUUAUGUAUCAAAACGGCCAAGUUUUCUACACAGACGAACCCUGGGCCGGCAUGUCAUGUUGGAACUGGGCCUGCAAGUGGAGACACAAUCAGAAUCAACGCUCCAACGAAUUCUUUGUUAAUUAA